UGGCUUGUUCUGGCCAGUGUGUCCUGUGGGCUUUGUUGUGCCGGGGGCAGCCGUACUUGUAGCGCGGCGGCCCCAGCUGGCUGCCUUAGACCUCUGCUGCGGUUUUUGGCUAUUUUCGCGGCGGCUGCUGGCCGUGCGCGGGCCCAAUUAAGACAGUAUCCUCCCCCCUGGUUGUUCUGCCUCGAUCUAUGACCUGUCCUUGACCCUCCACGUCAGCCACAAAAAAGAGGCGCGUGCGAGGGCUCCGGCCCGGGCCCGGGCCCCGGGACUCGUUGCGGUACGAGUGUGGGCGUCUUGGGCCCCCGCGGGCGCGGUGGGCGCGCGGCGACCGCCGGCGGUCGAACGGCGCUUGACCUCGCUGAAGAGACAUGCAGUAACUCUUUCCGGGCACGACUGCGCCAGGAGAAGCCCGAUCGCGGAGGUCGCAUUUGGAGAUGGCUGGCGCACACGACGCCACAGGCUGCGGAUUACACCUCUCAAAAAGCCAAAGAGAUCGAAUACAUAGCGUCAGCUGAUCGCAUCCAUGCCCUUCUUCAGCUCCGCACCGCCGCCGCCGCCGCCGCCGAGCUGGGAGAUCGAUGCAGCCCUGCAGCACGACUUUGCCAAGGCUUGUGCGAUAGUAAUCGCCGUGUCAUUGACGACGCAUAUGAUCGCGCGGUUCCUGCCGCUCCACGACGUCAAAACACUACAACAACGAAAGACAAUAACGCUAGAGCAUCGCGUCGAGGCCGGCGAACGCUUAUUGCUCACGCCGUUCUGGACCGUCAUAGCGUAUCUCGCAAUAAACGCAACUUUAGAAUUGAAAGGCUCGCGAGACCUACGCUGGCACGGCGCCACGUUUUAUUCAAGGUGGUGCUCGCUGCUCUACUGUGCGAAGAUGGCGGUCGACGUCCCUUUGAGUGCCUACGAAUUAAGAGAGAAACGAUCCGCGCAGCUCAUGAUGGUCGCGCACCACCUGUUGUCAUUUGUGGCCAUCGGCUGCGGGCUAGCGACGAAGCGCUGCGCGUUUUUUGCCUGUAUGGCAUUGUGCGCGGAGGCCUCGACGCCGUUCCUCAACAAUAUUACCGCAGCCAAGCUCUUUGGCGGGCAGCGAGGGGCCGAUUCGCUCCUUCAUUUCCUCUCCGGUAUUAUGCUGUGGAUCGCCUACGUACCUUUUAGGAUGGUCAAUUUUCCAAUUUGGCUGUGGGUGUGGUCCUCGGAUAUACAGAGUGAUCCAUUAAACACAUCACAAAGGUGCACGUGGUUCGAGCUCGCCUUCCACCCGGGUGUCAUCCUGUUGCUCUUGUACCUGUCGAGCGUCUGGUUCGUGGCCAUCACGAAAGGAUGCGUCAAGGGCAUCCGGAAAGCUUUCCAGGCGCCGAGCCGCGUCGCCAAGGACGAUUGAGGGCCGGGGGCGUGGCCGCUAGGUGUGAGUGUACUAAGAUUAAACGAAACAAGACUUAGCGAG